GCAGCUGGAUAAACAGAGACCUCUCUUUCCAAACUAGGACUGAAUCUCCACAGGCUGGCAGCCUGUCCUCUUCCAAGUGGCCCACACUCUUCACCUGCAGGAUUUCUCCUUCAGCUUCAGAUCAGCCCCUAAGCUCCAUGGAAUCCUUUUUCAAAAAGCACUUCAGGAGGAAGAUUGCAUCAUCAGGGCCCCAACGCUCCAGUAUGGUGACCUUGCCUGCGAGCAGAGCGAGGCGGCGUUCUGUGGUAGGUCAACCCUCUACCAUACUUGUGGAACGCCGGCGCAGAUCCAGUGCUCAGCUGCAAGAGAUGUCUUGCUUGGGCUCCUCACGCAAGCGUAGGUUGUGUUCCCGGAGGCGAUCUAGUACCACCACCCCUUGCAUGAGCCCUAGAUUCUCUGUCCAGAAGAAGCGUGGGGGCCAUGCGCAUACCAUAGAUACUCAUCUCAUAGGGCCCUCUUUGCUGCUAGCCAGUCUCAUCCAAGUGUACAAAGAAGAAGAAAGGAGGCAGUCACAUUGUCCUGAAAGCUCCAGCUCAGAGUCCCCUAAAGAUGAGAUGGUGGACAGUGACUGGAGUGAGGAAACACUUUCCUCAGGAUCUGAAGGAGCAGAGUUUGAAAAGAAGGAACUGCAGACUGAGUGCCCACUAUAUCCCAUUCCCCCAAUCCAACAUGUUCCCGAUUUAAGACCUUUCCUACGAGACCCUUAUUACCUACGCCGCAGAUCCUCCCACCUCCUUCCUGCAGAAUUUGUGCACAGCAGAGCAGCCUACGGGCUUCAAGGCCGCUACAGAUACUUCAACCAGCGGCGGUGGUCAGGCGAAACCUCCAAGACAAGUGCUUUGCUUCAGCCAUGCAGUUUUGAAAGGGCUGCCAGGAGGUGGAAGGUGCCUGUUGGAACAAGUUGGCUGCCACUGAGUACCCAUAAAUGCUUGGGAAUGGAUCCUGCCCUCAGCAGCUGUGGCAGUGACUCCUCUGAAGGCUACCAUGCCCUUUUGACAAAAGCCAUUGCCAAGUCAGGUCUCCAGCACAUGGUAGCCCAGCCAACCCCCACAUUCGCCUUAAGAAGUGACUCAGAGAGGGAGAUUCGUAAUUCUGUUGACUGGAGUGAGACUGCAGUUUAUGGGGAGCACAUCUGGUUUGAAACCAACGUCUCUGGGGACUUCUGCUAUGUGGGGGAACAAAACUGUGUGUCAAAAAUGCUGCAAAAACCUAUGUCCAAGCGCAAAUGUGCAGCCUGCAAAAUUGUAGUCCACACACCCUGCAUAGAACAGUUAGAAAAAAUUAAUUUCCGAUGCAAGCCUUCCUUUAGAGAAUCUGGAUCAAGGAAUAUCCGGGAGCCUACUGUUGUGCGGCAUCAUUGGGUACAUCGGAGACGCCAGGAAGGGAAAUGUCGACAAUGUGGAAAGGGCUUCCAGCAGAAAUUUGCCUUCCACAGCAAGGAAAUUGUAGCCAUCAGCUGUUCCUGGUGUAAGCAGGCAUAUCACAGCAAAGUUUCGUGCUUCAUGCUGCAGCACAUUGAAGAGCCCUGCUCAUUGGGGGCACAUGCUGCUGUUGUCAUCCCUCCCACCUGGAUUUUGCGUGUCCGUCAUCCCCAAAACCCUCUGAAGUCAAGUAAGAAGAAGAAAAGGACUUCCUUCAAACGGAAAUCCAGCAAGAAGGGACCUGAGGAAGGAAGAUGGAAACCCUUUGUUAUCAAGCCCAUUCCAGCACCUCUCAUGAAGCCGCUGCUUGUGUUUGUGAACCCCAAGAGUGGUGGGAAUCAGGGAACAAAGAUAUUCCAAUCUUUUAUGUGGUAUCUCAACCCUCGGCAAGUUUUUGAUCUCAGCCAGGGAGGUCCCAAAGAAGCAUUGGAGUUGUAUCGUAAAGUGCACAACUUACGGAUUCUGGCAUGUGGAGGAGAUGGUACAGUGGGAUGGAUCCUGUCAAUUUUGGACCAGUUACGCCUGAACCCUCCACCUCCUGUGGCCAUUCUUCCUUUGGGGACAGGAAAUGACCUAGCAAGAACACUGAACUGGGGUGGGGGAUAUACUGAUGAACCAUUGUCAAAAAUCCUGUCUCAUGUAGAAGAGGGGGAAAUUGUGCAACUCGAUCGCUGGAAUCUACAGGUAGACCCCAAACCUGAGGGAAAUCUAGAAGAGAAGGAUGAAACGGCCACAGAUAAGCUCCCUCUGGAUGUCUUCAACAAUUACUUCAGCCUUGGUUUUGAUGCUCGAGUGACACUGGAAUUCCACGAAUCUCGAGAGGCCAAUCCAGAGAAAUUUAACAGUCGAUUUCGGAAUAAAAUGUUCUAUGCUGGGACAGCAUUCUCUGAUUUUCUCAUGGGGAGCUCUAAAGACUUAGCAAAACACAUCAAAGUGGUGUGUGAUGGAACAGAUCUGACUCCCAAGAUCCAAGAUCUUAAGCCUCAAUGCCUCGUCUUCCUAAACAUUCCAAGGUACUGUGCAGGCACUAUGCCUUGGGGCAACCCUGGAGAGCAUCAUGACUUUGAACCCCAACGCCAUGAUGAUGGCUGCCUUGAAGUCAUUGGCUUCACCAUGACCUCUCUGGCAGCACUGCAAGUGGGUGGCCAUGGAGAGCGGCUGCACCAAUGCCGGGAGGUGGUACUCACCACAUCCAAAGCCAUCCCCAUGCAAGUGGAUGGGGAACCUUGUAAGCUGGGAGCUUCCUGCAUACGCAUUUCACUGCGCAAUCAAGCAAACAUGGUGCAGAAGACCAAGAGGAGAAACUCCAUGCCUGUAUUGAAUGAUCAACAACCAAUUCCAGAACGGUUAAGAAUCCGCGUAAGCCGAAUUGGCAUGCAUGACUAUGAGGCACUUCAUUAUGACAAGGAAAAACUCAAAGAAGCUUCCGUGCCUUUAGGAAUUAUCGUGGUUCCAGGAGACAGUGAUUUGGAAUUAUGCCGGACCCACAUUGAAAGGCUUCAAGAGGACUUCCCUUCUUGCACUUCCACUAUUCAGAAUCUAUUUCCUCAGGAGGGAGAUGGAGCCAAACCAAAGACAUUGUCAUGCCAGAAGCUCUCCCCCAAAUGGUGCUUCCUAGACUCAACCACAGCAGAUCGUUUUUAUAGAAUAGACCGUGCCCAGGAACAUCUUAAUUAUGUAACAGAGAUCUCCCAGGAUGAGUUGUUUGUGUUAGACCCAGAACUGGUGCGCACUCAAACAGUGGGCACAUCUGCCAUGCCUGACCUUGUUGAUGUUCCCUCAACACCUACAAAGCAACAUCUUCCUCUCCCAAUUUCACCACCAUCUACACCAGUCUCCAGCUCAGCAGCGGACAGCAGCCAGGCCGUUAAAGAUGAUGCUUUGAUAGAUGCUGCCAAGAAUAAUGAUUUUUCCAAGUUCAAAGAAUUGCACCGAGCUGGCAAAGACUUGAUGAUGCGUGAUCCCACAGGCCAAACUGUCCUUCACCAUGCAGUCAAAUCGGGGAGUAAGGAGAUUGUGAAAUACAUAAUUGAAAAUGCUCCUGCAGAGAUUUUGGAUGUGGCAGAAGAGAAUGGCGAGACCAGUUUGCAUCAGGCUGCAGCGCUUCGUCAACGGACCAUCUGCCAUUACAUAGUGGAGGCUGGAGCUUCACUGAUGAAAACAGAUUUGCAGGGAGACACAGCCAAGCACAGAGCUGAGAAGGCAAACGAUCCCGACCUGGCUGCCUACCUCGAAAAUCGACAGCACUAUCAGAUGAUCCAGCGGGAGGAUCAGGAAACAGCCGUGUAGCACUCAGCAUGUCUUCUUCGUUUCCUGGGAGGCAGAGAAGCCAAAUAGCGUGGGAACCUGGCUAGCCUUUUCUUGAAUGUCCAUCACACAGAGGAUCCAGAGUUUUCUGUUUGGGCUUGGCCACGGUGCUGUUAUUUAUUCAUGUAAUGGGUAUUGAACAAUGCUGACUGCCACAUGCCUCACCGCCAUCACAUUCCAUGGAUGGAUACCUCCGCCUGAUAUUUCAUUCCUAUCUGCUUCCAAGUUUUCUUGACCCUCGCCGCUGCUGCUCUCAAAGCAGGAAAACCCCUUGUCAACCGUGUGUUUAUCUCCCUAAAGGCAACAUCUGCAACCCCUUUUAGAUCUUCUGAAUCUUGAUCCCAUCAAUUCUGCUGAUUUCCCAGCAGUGGGUAUUGUCUUUCUCAAUAGUUUCAACAGUAGCAAUGCCCGUCGUCUUGGUAUAUUCUAUACUGGAAAUUUCCUAGCCCAAUUUUUGAGAAGGCAUACAGAAGAGACCUGUGUUUAUUUACGAUAGCCCUCUCUUGUUAUUCAGGCACUGUAGUAUUCAAUUACUUGUGUAAACUCUGGGUGACAGUCACAUUGGCAAGCAAUCCAAGUAUCCAAAGCAAGCUAUGCGCUUGGUUUGCAUCCUCUCAGCACAAUAUAUCCCUCUUCCUCCCUUUCUUUUAUUCCUUUUACUAUGUUGACCCUGUAUUGCAAGCCCCAUGCUGUAAAGGGUGUUUAUAUAUCUUGUAAAAACAGGGAAUACCAACUCAAAUCCCACUCUCUCCAAUUUAAGCUGCUGCAAGCUGAGUUUUGAGACUGCCACACUAAAUGUUUUGAGCAAAGUGCCUCCUCUCCAUAUUUCUUUUCCCCCCUCUCUUUUCUCUCUCUCUCUGUUCCCAUAUAUUACCUUUUUCUGCUUUUUACAUUCGCCAAUUUAGGAAAUAGCAGCCAGUUAUAAGCAUAUUCAAAAUACGUUUGGAAAGCUUGAAGUUUGCUGAGAAGGGGAGAGAAAUCUCAGCAAAAAAGGCCAUUGAUACUUGUCAUACUUAAGGACAAAGCAUUAUCAGUAUGGAAAUUACCUUUUUGUUUUAAGGAGAUAGGAGUAACUAUGAAAUGCAUCAAUAUAAAGGGAACUAUUCCUAUCAGCUAGUGUUAAGGGCAUGUUUUUAUCCAGGGAUUUGUAUUGACAAUAGUAAUAAUGAAUGGAAAAGUUUCUAUACAGCCAUCUGAUUUCUGGCCUAAAUAAGAAUGGUCCCUGGAGUUGGUUCCUAGACUCAUGCAUAGGCACAGGAUACCCACAUCAAUUGAUAAUGUUUUGGUGCACAGACUUAACGAUGUGCAAGCCCUAUGGGCACAAUUGCAGGCAGAUCCUAAUUAUCAUUCUGAGAUGUUUUGUUUACCCAAAUCUCCCAUCACUUCUUGUCCCUUUUUUUUUUUUGGGGGGGGGGGGGUUCUAAAGCAAAGCAACCCAAAACUUCCCAACAAUUAAUGAUCAGAGAAUGUGAUAUAUAGUCAACCUGUGUGUAGAUUGAAUUGAUACCCAACUGAUUCGCUAAAACAGGGACUAUAUGAAUUCCAGCUGUCAUGCAGUUCAGUUUACAAGCGUAUAAACAUGCUGUUCUACCUAAACAGUUCAAAUGAAAUAAUUGGAAUGUUCUGCUUGGUCAAGAAGAAUGGACUUAAACUGAACCAAAGGUGGAGUUUUUUAAAAAAAAUAAUUUACAUCUCCAGUGUGGGUAAGAAUUAAAUCUCAUUAAGAUUAUGGGUUCUGUUCUGAAAGUGUUGAAAAAUAGGUGGCUUUCUGAGGACACUGGAUCACAAAUUUAAGGACCCAUAGAAGAAAGCUUUGUGCACAAAAUAUAUUUAAAUUGGGCUAUCUUAAAAGAGCAGGAGAAACAAGCUGCUGGUGAAAUCAGCAUGCAAAACUUAUCAGGGAUUAUCUUCCAUAGAUGCAAGAGUUUGAAUUUAGAAAGAACGGGCUUUAAAGUCAUGGUUCUCCUAAUUGUAGGAGGCUCAACGAGAUUAAGAGUGACAAAUUUCUUACAUAUCGCUAUAUCUGACUGGAAGUUUGUUCUCCUUCAAGGCUGAGCUCGCCUGCUUUCUAUAUAUAAUGCUUUUAAGACUGAGAUGCUAAAUAUCUCUGAUAGCGCCUGAGACUUGAAAAGAUGGCCAGGUGUCCAUUUGAACCCACUCUGGGAACUGACUUUCCAUCUGGUCGUGUCCUAGUCCUUUAAACGUGGCACUAAGCAAAGGAUAAUAAUACCCCAAAGCAUACAACACUCAGAGCACAGGUCCCCGGCAAGAGGUGAAUGGUUCUAAAUCAGAAACAUUGUCAUCUCUUUGACAUCAACCCCUCCUUUCCUCUCCAGAGAUGUGGUAGAACAGCCAAAACGUGAGCAUCCGAGAAUGGUGCUGACUCACACUGCACCAUAUCAAGCCUAACUGGUUGGAUCAGCUAGGUCUCUAGCUUUGUACAACCCACUGCCGUGCCAAUAAUGGCGACUUCCCAUCCUGCAUGACAUGGCUAUAUUGUAGGUCAACUGAAGAGAAUGCCUCAUUGCUUUGCUCUAAACUAGGAGGACUCAUGCUCUGGAUUUUUAAAAUUGUAAACAUUCCUCUAUAUACAAGCUGGCUCCCUAAAUGUGUUUUAUAGCCCCGUAGGCCUGCUAUCUUCUCUUCCUCCCUUUUAUAGGUCUUCUUAAACUUUGUACAGGUAGUUCAAAAGCACACUGUUUCCUCAUCUCUAAAUGUUUGUUUGUGCAUGUGUGUGUCCUAAGCUGAGUUGCUGUGCAAUUCAAACCUUGGCUUGUUCUACUCCAAGGGGGAAGGAGUGUGUUUGAGAGUGUUUUUUUCCCCCUGUGCAAUACCUGAUUCCCAUUUCCUAGUAGGACACUUUUGGUUUGACUGUUUUGGUUUGGUUUUUUUUUUUUUUUUAAUGUAACUACAUUGGAAGCUUGUGCUUCUGACUUUCUCUUUGACAGUUUAAAUGUUUUGUUGAGUUUUGCCAUUAAAA